CGGCGGGAUCUCUCUUCCUUUUACCGCCAUCGGAGCGGAGUGUCUUUCUUCCACCGGGACCUCGUCACUGCGCAGCCCCGCUUCACCACCUCCGGUCACACAGCGAAGCAUCACUCGAGACUCAGCUGAAAUGGCAGACAUCGACAACAAAGACCAGGCUGAGAUAGACCCGGCAGAUAUGGAGGAUGUUGAAGAUGUGGAAGAGGAAGAGACGGGAGAAGAUGAAAACAGCAAAGCUCGUCAGCUGACUGUGCAGAUGAUGCAGAACCCACAGAUCCUGGCCGCGCUGCAGGAGAGGCUCGACGGGCUCAAUGGAUCGCCGUCAGGCUACAUGGAGAGUUUACCAAAGGUCGUAAAGAGACGUGUGAACGCCCUGAAGAAUCUGCAGGUCAAAUGUGCCCACAUUGAGGCCAAGUUCUACGAAGAAGUACACGAACUGGAGAGAAAGUACGCGGCCCUCUACCAGCCCCUCUUCGACAAAAGAAGCGACAUAGUGAAAGCAGCCUAUGAGCCCACUGAUGAAGAGUGUGAAUGGAAAGCAGAUGAGGAGGAAGAGCUGACAGUAAGUAAGCAGGACGAGAUGAAGGAGAAGGCCAAGCUGGAGGAAGAGAAGAAGGACGAGGAGAAGGAAGACCCCAAAGGAAUCCCCGAGUUCUGGUCGACGGUUUUCAAAAAUGUGGAUCUGCUCAGCGACAUGCUGCAGGAACACGACGAACCCAUCCUUAAACAUUUACAAGAUAUUAAAGUAAAGUUCUCAGACCUAGAACAGCCCAUGAGCUUCACGUUAGAGUUCCUCUUUGAGCCCAACGAAUUCUUCACAAACACUUUGUUGACGAAAACCUACAAGAUGAGGUCAGAGCCCGACGAGACCGACCCGUUCUCCUUCGACGGUCCGGAGAUCAUGUGCUGCACAGGUUGCACGAUUGACUGGACAAAGGGCAAAAAUGUUACGUUGAAAACAAUCAAGAAGAAGCAGAAGCACAAGGGCCGCGGCACGGUGAGGACUGUCACCAAAACGGUGCCCAACGACUCCUUCUUCAACUUCUUCACCCCCCCAGAGGUUCCAGAAACUGGGGAGUUGGAUGAGGACUCGGAUGCGGUCCUGGCUGCAGACUUUGAGAUUGGCCACUUCAUCCGUGAGCGUAUCGUACCCCGGGCGGUGCUCUACUUCACAGGAGAGGCCAUCGAGGAUGAUGAUGAUGAUUAUGAUGAGGAGGGAGAGGAGGCAGACGAUGAGGAAGGAGAGGAGGAGGCAGACGAGGAGAACGACCCCGACUAUGAUCCCAAGGUUUAAGUGAUGACAGUAGAAAAAUAACCCUCUCCUGAAGGAGGCGGUCCCCCCAGCUGAGUGCAAGCAGCAGUGAAACCCGGCUGAUUGAGGAUCAACUGCACUGUAACGGCUUCUCAAAUCUAAAAAAAAAAGAACAUAAAAAAAAACCAGAUUUAAAACACGAAAAAAAAAAAGAAUAGUUACCGCCUUAUAAUGUUUUGUAUUUUUCUUGGUAGAGAAUUUGAAGAAGAACAAAAAAGUUUCACGAUUUUUGUUACAAAACUUACGGUAAUAUACUGGGAGCUGAGAGGCUCGAUAUACAUAGUAUUUUACUAGACCUGUUAUUUCCUUCUCUUUUCUCUGUACAAUAGCUAUAAUACAGGAUGAAAAAUCUCCCUCAAAGUAAGCAUGAGUUGUCUCUUCACUGCUAAAACUAGUUUGGGUUCUUGUGAAGUCUUUUGUUGUAUUUGCUCUUAGACAACAGCUGUGGUUUAGACUGCGUUGCGUCAACUUAUUCCCUUCAUCCCGCCCCUUUUCUCCUAUCAAAGCUCCUGGUUGGUCAGCUCUGGUCGUCCCAAGUGAACAUUUUUAACCUUAAGCCGCGGGGGGGGGGGGCGUUCAAGCACAUGUAAAAGCACUGUAGCAUCUUCUUUUCUUUUUUUUUUUGGGGGAGGACGGAGGUGUCAUUCCAGUUUAUUCCACUUCACUGAGCAUUGGGUCUACUUUUCCCGCUCUCGACACAUUCCAGUACGCUUCUCCACAAACUGGACGGACUUUAUCUCAAAUUGAACAAAAAAAAACGGAAGUGUUUCGCCCCCUUUUUUUCGUCAGUGGUCGAUUCUCUUUAACAUUCCAGAGAGUUCUUAGGCUAGCAGUGGCGCUGUCUUUUCUAUUAUAGCACUUUGUACUCGAUUUGUGUGGUGUCCUAUCGGUAGUUAGCUGUGAGAUAAUCCUCGUAAGCAGCACUUAGUAGAGUUCCCUCUGUGGAGACUUGUGCUAUUUGGGUUUUUAAAAGUGCAUUGCCUUGCCUUUUCUUACCGCUGGAGGAUUAGGCUCUGUAGGACCAGGUUUGGACACACGUAGCACAGAUUAUGAAAAAGUAUAAACCAGGUUUUCACACCCCUUUUUUUUUUUACCUCAUUUCACUAAUUGGUGACUAGUCAGGUGACUUAAAAUCAGACCUCAGCUCAGCCCCUGAGGUCUUUUAUCACUGUGAAAGAAAAAGGGGAAUUGUUUCGACCAACCCUCCCUCCCUAAACUCCUUCCUCUGUUAACCCAGAAAGCCACGGGGAAGCAUGUCCGAGCAAUACUUAAAAACAUCCAGGAGGGGGAGAAUAAACUGUAGCCUGCCCACCCCCCCCCCCCCCCCCCAUCGACCCCUUCAUCUUUCUUUAAUAAUGCCUUUUUUAGUUGAAGUUGUGGAGAGCCAGGGUACUUCUCCUUCUGCAGGGAGUAUUCAGAUCAUGUUGAUUGGAAAGGGUUUGUGUAGGGUCCUUCUGAGCAGCUGUUGUCAAGGCAAAAUGCUAUGCUACAAAAAUACUAAUGUACUCAAUAACUGUACGUGUAUGUUCAUUAAUAAAUUGGUUAAACAUGGA